GCCCGGGGCGCACGGAGCGGCGCGCGCCGGUCGGCGGAGCCAGGCUGGCGCCCCCGCCCCCAGCCCCUCGGUCCGUCGCCUGUCCGGCGCCUUCCCGUUCUACUUGCCUUCGCUCCCCGGCCCUGUGGCCGCGCUCCCUCCCUCCCCUCCGUCCCGCCCCCUCCAGCCCUUGCUGCCGGGCUCCUACAGGCCCCCUCGCUGCCCGCGUUCCUAUGGACAGACGCACAGACACCUGCAGGGACUUAAAGGCAAGAAAUAAAAGAUGAAUGUGGCUGUGAUUGUUACAUAUAUGUAUAACUUUUGGAGGAAAGACACUGCUGAUCCUGUAACAUGGAGGAUUGCCUUCAUACCUCAUCUGAGAAUCUAUCCAAAUUGGUCAGCUGGGCCCACAGCCAUGGGACCAUUUGCAGCCUCAUUCCAAACCUGAAACAUUUGCUUUCGGAAGGUUCCCAUGGGAACCUGACAGCAAUGUGGGGCUGUAGUGCGGGCCAUGCUUAUCACUGGCCACUGACAGCUACUUGCAGAGCUGGCUCCCAAGAAAGGGUCUGUUUCCAGGAUAACAGAAGUUUUAACUCUGAUAGUCCCAGUAUAAUUGGAGUGCCCUCUGAGACACAAACUAGCCCCGUUGAAAGGUACCCUGGGAGACCAGUGAAAGCAAAGCUAGACUGUAAUCGGACCAGAGACUCUUGUGACUUCUCUUAUUGCAGUGAGCCCUCUGAACUGGAUGAAGCUGUUGAAGAGUAUGAAGAUGAAAACACUCUGUUUGACAUGGUUUGUGAGUCUUCUGUUACAGAUGAGGAUAGUGACUUUGAACCCCAAACCCAAAGGCCUCAAAGCAUUGCUCGAAAAAGGCCUGGAAUAGUCCCAUCUUCUCUCCAUGCAAGCUCCCAGGCUCAGAUGAUUGAUGAAUGCAGCAGUGAUGUGAUCAUUAAGAAAAUCAAACAGGAGUUUCCUGAAGAUUAUUAUAUUGUGGCGAAUGCAGAGCUGACCGGAGGGGUAGAUGGACCAGCCCUCUCGUUGACGCAGAUGGCAAAACCUAAGCCUCAGACUCAUGCUGGUCCCUCCUGUAUAGGGUCUGCUAAGCUGAUUCCCCAUGUAACAUCUGCCAUCAGCACAGAGCUAGACCCACAUGGUGUGUCUGCAUCCCCCUCUGUGAUGUCUAGACCAAUUGUCCAGAAGACUGGUAGGGUAUCUUUGGCUUCACCAAACAGAGGACCCACUGGUGCCCAUGGCACCAACCAGCAGGUGGCCAUACAGAUGCCUGUGAGCACAUCCCAUCCUAACAAACAGAUCAGCAUCCCUUUGUCUGCCCUGCAGCUGCCUGGACAGGAUGAGCAAGUUGCUUCUGAAGAGUUCCUGUCCCAUCUGCCCAGCCAGGUCUCCUCCUGUGAGGUGGCCCUUUCUCCCUCAGUUAACACAGAGCCAGAAGUGAGCUCCAGUCAGCAGCAGCCCCCAGUUGCUCCGACCAUAACCACUGAGGCCACGGCACAGUGCAUACCAGACCAGGAUGAAAGAGCAGCUGAGCUCAGCAGGGAGCAGAAUGAGAAAACCAUCCGGAGCACGCAGACUGCGCUCCGCAAUUUCCCCUAUUCUACUAAGCUCAACAAAUUUCCUGUAUUUAAUAUUAAUGAUGACUUGAAUGAUCUGUGUACCAGUGCAGUAAGCCCAAAUACGACCAAAGCAACACGGUAUGCCCUGAAUGUGUGGCGAUAUUGGUGUAUGACCAAUGGGCUCAAAGAUCACACAGACAUCACCAAGAUCCCUGCAGUGAAGCUGAACGAGCUGCUCGAGAACUUUUAUGUCACUGUUAAGAAGAGCGACGGCUCAGACUUCCUGGCCACGUCGCUCCACGCCAUCCGCCGAGGCCUGGACCGCAUCCUGAAGAACGCGGGCGUGGGCUUCUCCAUCACCAGCAGCACCUUCAGCUCCUCCACCAAGAAGCUCAAGGAGAAGCUGUGGGUGCUGAGUAAGGCAGGGAUGUCAGGUGCCCGUUCUCGCAACAUCGUCUACUUCUCCCUCUCUGAUGAGGAGGAGAUGUGGCAGGCAGGGUGUCUGGGGGAUGACAGCCCCAUCACCCUUCUGUCCACCGUGGUCAAGUACAACAGCCAAUACCUGAAUAUGCGGACGCUGCAGGAGCAUGCUGAUCUGAUGUAUGGUGACAUCGAGCUGCUCAAAGACCCACAGAACCAGCCCUAUUUUGCCCGGACAGACAGUGUCAAGCGGGAGAGUCGGAGUGGUUCCACCCGAGUGUGCCACGGGAAGAUCUACCACGAGCAUUCCAGGGGACACAAACAGUGCCCUUACUGCCUCCUCUACAAGUACAUGUACAUCCAUCGACCACCCACCCAGAUGGAGGCCAAGUCCCCUUUCUACCUUACCGCCAGGAAGGAGGCUGCAGACAUGGGCAGCGUGUGGUACGAGGAACAGAGGAUGGGACUGAGGUCUCUUCGGGGAAUUGUCCCGAACUUAGCCAAGAAGGUCAAGCUGGAAAACUGUGAGAACUUCACCUUCGUCUCAUUUACUCAGGUCUCCCGGAGGCUUGGCUCCCACAGCUGCUGCCAGUGAGUCUCCCCUGGGUCCCAGCCACCACCCAACACUCCCUGGCAGGCGGGCGCUCCCCCUGCAGCCAAGGCCAGAGCUCUGAGGCGGCAGGGAUGACCGUGACUUCAUGGUCAGGCUGGUCCCUGUCAGUGGGACUUCCUAUUUCUUUGACUUUGGGUUUGUCUUUUUAACUGAAAGUAGAUGAAUAUUUAGGAUGUUUUAUCCAGAUGUGUGUCACCUUUGUUAAAUUAUAUAGUCUAAUGCACUGUAUAAAUUACUACAUACACAAGAGUGAGGAAGUUCAUUUUAUCUAGUGCCUUUUUAGCACAGAUUUUCUCAAAAAAAAAUAAAAGGGAGGGGGGAAGAAAACUGUUUAAGUAGUCAUUAAAAAAAAAUCCCAGUAGCCUAGUAGCUUUAGAAUGUUAUAAACACUUUGUGGAAUUACACUCACAGUGAGGAACUAGGAAGAGAGGCAGACAUGUUAACUAUUUCCAGGAGAAACAUUGCACCUGGCACUCCUGCUUAUGUUUUGUUGAUGGAUAACUUGGUCCUGCAGAGCAAGCAGUCUGGCUUGAUGGAAGCACGCUCAGUCAUGCUGAUAGGAAGGUGGGGACUGCUCUCAGCACUGGGAGGAACUUGACCUCUGCAUCAGUGGAGACACUUUUAUGAGAAAAGAUUAAUGCACCAAACGGUGCUUGUGAGAACAAGGUUUCCAAUGAACUAGAUGGUUUGUACCAUGAGGGAAUUUCCAGUAGUGAGGGAAAGUGUCUUGGAAAAGCGGUCUGCGAUCAAAACGUGAAAAACCUCCUGAAGCAGAAGUGCCUACGUUUUUUUUCUCAGUGUCAUGUGAAAGCUAUUUUCGUUUGAACAUUUUUUAGAGGUUUUUUUUUUUCAUCUGUUCUUUGUGUCAUACAGUUGUUCUGUCAGCAUAUAGCACCGGACUGUAAAACAACUGAAAGUAAUUUUCAGGCGUAACCAGGAAAAUCCAACAAAACAAGCUGCAAAGAAAACAAAUCCCAAAAUGUGUUUAUUAAAGAGUUUUGAAAUAUGUUUGUCAAAGUAUGACUCUUUCAGCCACAAGAGAUCUCAUCAUUUUAGGUUGGCACCAAUGCUUGGGACACGAGGAUGUAGGCAACCUACCAGGUAAGCAAACCCAGCAACAAGGACAUAGUUGAAAAAUCAGACCAUGAUGAUAGGUUAUCAAUGCAGUUUGAAAUCAUUUCACUCAGGUGAGAUUGAACCUGACCACUUGUCAUUCAAACAUUAACAGAAUGUUAUAAUAACUGCUCUGAAUAAGUGAAAAGGGAGCCCAAAGAGGACUAAUUAAUAAUAAUGAUAAUUUCUAGGGAAUCUUUAUUUUGUAUUUGAGGAAAGACUGCCACAACUUCAUACCAUUUUGUUCCUGUGUAUGUUUUCCAAUCCACAAUUGAAAGUCUAGUAUACAUUCAUUUUGUAGGAGUCCUAAAAUCAGCCCUAUUGCUUUUUCAAAACAUUAUUUUAGUAUUUAUUUUAAUUGUUUUAAAAAAUCAUUCACUGGUCAUUGAUAUAUAUAAUAACUUCCUUUACCAGAGAAGACUCAACCAAUGCUGCCUUAAGGUUUAAUGUUGUUCCCUUUUUAGUUCCUGCACAUUUAUUUCGUUUACUAGUUGAUCUUUCCUGAAUAUCGAUUAACUUUGGAAUGUCUCCAUCUGUAUAUAAAUAACAGGUAAUAUUUAAUAAGCAGUGUUAUGACUUGAUAUUGCACACUGUCCUGUUGUAGUUUCCUAUAGGGAUUUUAAGGUUUUGAUUAAAAGAGACACAAAACACGAGGUACGGUUUCCUUUAGUGGGUGAACACCCAAAGGAAAUUUUGUUUGAGGAA